UGUCCCAACAGUAGCGGUUGUUGCUGCACAAGCGCAUCUUCACGUUACAGUGUGAAGAAAUAUUCAUAAAAAAAAAAGUGAGAAAAAAUGCGAGUGGUUUGUUCUGAUGGAUAAUCUACAUUUGAUAGAUUCACUUUUAUGCUUGCUCUAUAUAAUUCAACCUUUAAGGACAAAUAUAUGUGCUACUUGUUACCAUAAGUCACUGUUCCAUUUAGUUAACUCAAUGUUGACAAAAAAAGGGUAAAAUAUUCGAUUAGGUAAACAUGUUUUUAUCACUAAAUAAAGUAUUAUUUAUAUUUCUUUGGAGCGUUUUUGUCUGUCUUAGUGUUGGAUUUAAUAUAGAUGUGAUAAAUACAGUAACAUUGCGUGGAUUUUCGGAUCCUGGAAGUUAUUUUGGAUACUCUGUGGGGAUAGCAGUAAAUGAUAACACAGGAAACAAAUGGAUCUUAGUGGGUGCUCCUCGAAGUAAUGAUCCAGCCUUUCCAAAUGUACCGAGACCUGGUGCUGUGUUUGCCUGCACGCUCCCUUCACAAGGGAAUUCAACGUGUACCAAGUUGAACAUUGAUGAAACAAAGGGACUUGAUUCCGUUAACAUUGGUGGACGUACAAUUACUUUUAAGCAUGGUAGAAAUGAUUCCUGGCUUGGAGGAUCCAUUGAUGUUUUCACGUCAGGUUCCUCUAACGUAUUUGCUACAUGCGCACACAAAUGGUAUAACACGUAUUUUUAUGAAGUAAGAGAUUAUGUCUACAUGCAAGGUUUGUGUUAUGAAGUUCCUCUGGAUUUAAAUAUGACAAAUGUGAAGAAGAUACCUGCUAUGACGAACGAUGUUUUGCGGACAAUUUACAUACCUGAAACUGACCAAACGGUGUGGCUCUAUGGAUUUGCUGGGCUUGGAAUAUCCGUUCACUAUACUAAGAACGCAAAUCACCUGUUGUUGGGGGCUGCAGGUAUUUUUGACUGGAUUGGUGGUUUCGUGGAUCUGGAAGGUCAGCAAGUAAAAAUCAUGCGGAAUGCAAUAAACAACACUGACAUUAUUAAACCAAACACAGGUUAUUCCUCCACAAGUGGUAUGUAUUUUGCCGAUGAUCAGACAUAUCUCGUCUUUGGAGCACCGAGAGUCGAAUUGAUGGGCAUGGUACUAUUCUUCAAAGCUGGACAGAGUCAGUAUACAUUUCAAGAUGUUUUCAUGGUCUUAAAAGGUAGCGAGAACGGCAAGAGUUUACCAGUGAACUCGUAUUAUGGAGCAACACUAUGCACGAUGGACAUUAACAAUGACAAGAAUGAUGACCUGUUUGUAGGAGCUCCGAUGUACAGUCCUUUGAAAAAUAACCAUUUUACACAGGAGCUGGAAAUAGGAAUGGUGUUUGUGUAUCUUGGCUCAAGAUUGACAAUGAAAUUUAAAUCACCACCAGAAACCCUAAAAGGAACUUUUCCAAAGGGAAGAUUUGGUAGUGCGAUUGCUAGCUUAGGGGACAUAAACUCCGAUAACUUUGAUGAUGUUGCAGUAGGUGCACCUUAUGAGGACAACUUCAAAGGGGCAGUGUAUAUCUACAAUGGAUAUACAGGCGGAGUCUGGCCGAAGUAUUCACAGCGGAUCUAUGCUGCAGACAUUGAUACUGGGUUACGAGGAUUUGGCAUAUCAAUUGCAUCUGGAAAAGAUGUCAACAUAGAUAAUAUAAAUGAUACGGUAGUUGGCUCUUAUCUGUCGGACAAAGCCGUAGUUAUGUUCGGACAACACGUGAUAGAGUUAGACGCAGACCUGAAAGUACUGAAUAUUACAGGAGACCCGACUGUCUUAAUUGACAUGGACGGAGAUAAACAUGAAACAGUAAAUGUCUGUUUCCGUUUUCAUUAUCAUCGAUGUGAUUAUUUACGACUUAACCUCAGCAUUACCCUUGAUGCAGAGAAAGGUGAUCUGAGGAGAAUCAAAUUUGUCAAGAAUAACGAAUCUUCGAUAAAAAAUGUGUUGCAUGUUGCUAGAAAUAGUCUGGUGUGUGCAAGGGAACAACUAACAAAGAAGUCAACGAAUGACAUUGUUAGCGAGAUAGUGAUUCAGGCGGACUACGACAUUGCUGAGAUAAACUGUUCAGGUAUCGAUAAUAGCGUAACCAUCAGACUCUUCCAUGGUUUAUACCCUGAUGAUCCAGUUCUUCAGCUGAGAGAAAAGUUUCAGUUUCGGAAAAACUGCAAACAAGUCAUGUGCAAAACGGACUUAACACUUUUAGCUGUGGCUGAAUUCGCUAACAUUAGUGAACACUUCCUAUCAAGGAAAUCAGAACUUGCUGUAGAUAUAUCAAUAACAAAAUUCGGUGAUACGGCAUAUGCAACAGUCUUUGAUAUGGUCUAUCCUAAAUAUCUUAGCUAUAUACAUAUGGAAUAUUUACUCGAGGACUUGCAGAUAUCGUGCUAUCUAGCGGAUCCUAGUUAUAAUAACUCAAGAAUAGUUUACAGUGAAGACCGAUCGGCAUUAACCUGCUCACUUGGGAACAUUAUUUCAAAUGUGACCAGUGUUAACUUUAGGCUUGUUUUAGAACUUAUGACAUCUGGUGUUGAUAUAGAUUCAGUAACUGAGCUUCAAAUGCUUGUAACGACGAUAAGCACAGAUAUAAACCCGACGGACAACAAUGAAACUUUGCCAAUCAACUUGCAACGUUAUCCAGUGAUUAACUUCGAUGCGAUUGCAAUGCCCCAAGUAGUAACGUUAGUGGGAUACCAACAGAGAUAUAGAAUGAAGAAUAUAUACAAAGUAUAUAACACAGAAGGAAAACAUAUUUCAGCUACGGUGAAUAUAUCAUAUCCACAAAUACAGCGAGUGGAUAAAGCUCUUCUGUUCCUAAAUCAGACCAAGAUACGCUGUGGCCAGACGUGUGAGGCAGAGUGUCAGUUGGCGCUGACAUAUACGACACCAAUUGUUUACUCGUACUUCAAUGGUCAACAUGUGUCAAGUACUGAAAAACCAGUGACGUCACUAUCAGAUAUUCAAAAUGCUGACUGUUUAAAGCAAAUAUGUUCCAUAUUUACGUGUACCUUGAGAAAUUUACAGCCGAAAAGUACUGCAUACAUAUACACGGAAUUUGUAAUCGACUCUGAAAUCGAGACCAUUAUUAAGGAAGGUGAAUCAGUUGAACUGAUUUCUAUUGGUAGUGUAGAGAUAGGUCAAGGCAAUAUUCAAAACAUGCAGGUCAGUGCAACUUUAAGAAAGAGAAUUAUAAAACCCUUGGUGAAAGAAUUGUCAUGGUGGGCAAUCCCCCUUAGCGUUCUUUGUGGUAAUCUGCUAUUGUCGUUGAUAAUCGUUCUACUGUGGAAGGUAGGUUUCUUUGAGCGAAAGUUGCGGGAUGAGUUAAUAAGAAGAAAGGCACACAUAUCAAAUGCAGGACAGGUGACUGGAAAAAUGCCGACUUCAUAUGCCGGGCAAGUAUCUGGCAAGCGUGUAACUGAUGAUUCGGGACAAGUGUCUGGGAGAAAGCCGACAGCUGAUGCCGGACAGGUGGCAGGAAGCUGCCCUACAAUUGACAAUUCUUAGAAUUGAACGAUAAAACAAAUAAUUCUUGAUAAGUAGCAUAAUGGCAGAAACCGGUGUUUGAUAGAACAGAGGAUGCCUCAAUUCCUUUAAUGCAACAGAAAAAUUUAAUGUAAGGUGUAAAAUUUCUUAUUCUAUAUACUAGGUGAUAUUGUCAGAUGCUUAUAUAAGUGAUAUUACUAGACAUAUAGCCGAUAACCGGACAUGUAGUCGAUACUGCUUAAAAUAUAGUUGGCAUUAUUGACAUAUAGUUGGACAGAAUUUCCCCAGUGUAUUAGAUCAAUUAAUUCGUUCAGAAUGGAAAUAAUGUCUUUCCUCAAAUAUAGAUAAUUUUAUGAAAUUUGUACAUCAGGCCGAUACUUGUGUAUUUUAUUUUUGCUAUUUUGUAAAUGAUUGGGAAUCGAGGAAUCAGUUCAAAGUCCUCAAGUAUUUUAACUGAUAGAUUAAAGGCAGUACUACGCUGUAUUCCUAUUCCUCCUAUUUACUUUAUUUUGUAUUAUUUUUUUUCUAUAUAUUUGUUUGUUUAUAGUUAUUAUGUGCAUUUCCAUACAUACAUUGGUUAAGAGUUUCUUAGAGUAGUAUGAAAUGAUUAUCAAUGCUUACAGGUUUGUUUCAAUGUUUUCGUAAUCUUUUGCUAAUUAGGUUAAAUGUUUUCAAACGGUGUCAAGCGAAUUGUAUAAAAAAUACGUUCGUAAUGUACAGCAUGAAAGGAUAAAAGUACAAGCACAAACGGAAAAUGACAAUAACUUAUAUCCCUGGGUAUUUGCGUUAUUAUAAUGAUGUAAUGAUCAUAGGCCCUUUUUGUCACCAAUAUGUACAUGUAUCUAAAGCAUUUAAUUUGCGUGGAUACCUUUUAAUUACACUGUCCCGUACAUGUGGAUCCUGUUAGUGAUAGUUUGUUUACAAUUAACUGGUUCGGACUUUGGGUGUAGAAGUGUAGUGGUUGUUUAUCAUAGUGUCCCACCUACUGAAAUCACCAGAAAUGAUUGCUUUUUGAGACACAUACAGGCAUUGAGCAAUAUUACUUACCGAUUCCUAUUUAAUAUCAAGGAGAAUGCAUGUAGACAAUUGAUAACCAUUAUGUAACUAGCUAGCGGCUAACCAACCUGUCUCACUUCUGUAACAAAAGCCGUCUCUGGCGGGACAAGAAUCUUCGGGCACUCGAUUGCGGACCAUGUGCCUUAUUCAUAAGGCACACGCUGUUGUAUAUGUACGUAUAGGUCUAUCCUUUACACACCUAAACUUAUGUAAGCUUCAGGUUCAUACGUGACUUUUUUCUGGAGCGUUUCCCUUGUUUGUUUUUACAUGAGAAUAACAUUACGUAUUACUACUUUCCCAUUGCUUGUGUUUUACAUGAGAAUGACGAUAGUUUUUUUUUUUACUUCUGUGCCCUUGUUUGUUGUUUACAUGAGAAUAACAAUUCAUAUUUCCACUUACUCCUUGUUCGUUUUACAUGAGAAUUACAUUAAACAAUACUACUUUUAAUUCGUCACUAAUCUGACCACGGUAAAUAAAAUUUCUGUAGAAAAAGGUAAAAACUAUGCUAGUAUUAAAAUGAGAGCUGGAAUGUAACAAAGUAACAGGAAUCGAAUAGAGAAUUUAAUAUAAUCUUCUCUGCAAAAACUAUAACAAUGCGUACGGUAUAGCCACUAUCGUCAGAUCUUAUUUCAAAUAGAAAAGAAUAUUAAUUUUGUAUAUAUUUUCAACAUUCAUUUUGUACAAACACAAACAAUAUUACUUGAUGAAAAUUAUUCUCGGGAAAUAACUCAUGUUGUACUUUAUGUAGAAAGUAAAAAUUGUCUAGGGUCCCUUGCAACACGUAACAAUAAUAUCUCUUAAACAUAGAGAUGUAAUUUUGUAUGUAUAUAUGUUAUGCAAUCUUAUCAAUAUAAAUUUGUAUGUUAUUGUUA